CGAAUCUUGAUGCGGGAGGUGACGGGGGAGAGACAAAUGGAGCGGAAGGUAAAGUAACGAUCCCCCGUUUCAACUCCGUCUCGCUCUCGCUCGUCUCAUCUCAUCUCCCUUCUCCGAUCGUCAACCCCUCCCCAUUCAUUCUCCCGCAGCCGGCGAUCCCCUCCCCGCCGCGAAAGAUUUUUUGGCUUUCGAGGCGAAAUCUUCCGCAAUAAGGUAGGGAAGAUGAUUGGGUGAGGAUAGAAGAAGCAAUCAUUGACCAAUAAACGCACAAACAACAGUUGAGUUGGUGGAAAGAGCUUAAUAAAUAGAUCAAGGAGGAAUUCUGGUGACCUUCUUUCAGCUCUUAUCAAGAAAACAUCUCCAGGAUCAUCUCCUUUAGCUGCCAACCUGAUGAUUGUGAAUGACAGAGCUCUUUGACUCGGCGAGGAUGGCAGACACUAAAUACGUAGGUAGAAGAUGGGAGGACAUGGAUACCGAUGUCCUGGUGAAGAUAUUUAAGGAGUUAAACAUGAUUCAACUGGCUCCAGUUUCCCGGGUUUGUCGUUCGUGGCGCAUGGCUUGUUCAGAUCCAUUUAUUUGGAACACCCUUGACCUGGGUCACCUGCAGUCCAACUUUAUCCAGACAACAGCACCGCCAUAUAUAUGGGUGGAUGAAAGGUCUGAUAGGAGGUUGACUCGAAUAUUGAGGAUGGCUAUGGCUCUUAGUUUUGGAAAUGUCACGUACAUGAUCUUUCAUUUUAAUCUAUACAUGAAAGAUGAUCAUCUUAGUUACAUAUCAGAAAGGUCUCCUUAUCUUAGAAGACUAGUUAUGCCGGCUUGGAACCGCAUCACAAAAGUUGGGAUAUGCCAAGCCAUCCGGAGAUGGGAGAAUCUGGAAUCACUUACAAUGCCCGGUAUUCCCCAUCCUCCAUACAUAAUGGAAGAAAUAAGUAGAAGCUGCAAAAAUUUCUCACAGCUUAAGGUUAUGGGUACAUUUGAUGUGAACUGUGCAUUUGCUAUCACGGUGAACCUUCCAAAGCUGAAAGUAUUAAGCCUGCGAUGCUCUAUAAUCACAAAGCAAGCCUUGCUGCUUAUCUUGGACUCCAUGGAUAGUCUGGAGGUGCUCAAUAUAUCUCACUGCCUUUUGCUUGAAACCCUUCGGAGACCGGUUCACUCGGAACUAGACCAAGCCAUCCUUAACAAGGGUUCACGGAUACGCGAAUUCUUCCAUUGCCAGAGCAACUCAUGCACUACAUGCAAGAGGAUGAUCAAAGAUGAAGGUCUGAUGCGGUGGUACCGGUACGAGGAUUGGUUCUGGCGUCGCGAUGAGGUUAGCUCUCUUGAUCUCGGGGACUACGGAAAGUUGUUCGAUGAAAACUGUGUGAACAGAUUGACUGCUUCAUAGUGACAGUAUUUUUGAAGAAUACACAUGCUUAUUUAUCGGAA